AAUACUUUCAUUCUUUCUUCUCUUCUUAAAACAGCUUUUCCUCAGCUUGCAGGUGAACCCUGGUUCAAGGCCUUUUUAUAGGCUGGGGAAGAAGGGUUGUCUUCUCUUAUUAGAAGGGAGAAAAGGCUUGUAAAAGGAAAAGAUGGCUAAGCUGCUUUUUGGGCUUAACAUGGCAUCAAAACUGCAUCAAAAACUUCCUUCUGAAGAUCAGUGUAAGAAGAUGUGUAUGGUACUGAGUAGUCCUUUAGGAAGAAUUGAGAUACUCGGAUGCAAGGUGGGAGUACAUGAAAUACACCUCCAAGAAGAUGCUGUGCCACUCAGUGGCAUUACAGAGACUUCAGUGUGCUGUGAGGUAGUCAAAGCCCCAGAAGAAAUGACGGAGCCACUGAAACAAUGUGCAGCUUGGCUUCAGGCCUACUUCUGUGAGCCCUGGAUGACAGAGAAGCUUCCGAUACCGCCUUUCCACCAUCCACUUUUCAAGCAAGCUUCAUUCACCAGAGAAGUGUUGUGGACCCUGUUGAGAGAUGUGAAAUUUGGAGAGGCAGUUUCUUACAAGCAAUUAGCAGACCUGGCAGGCAACAGCAAAGCUGCCAGAGCAGUGGGAGGAGCAAUGAGAAGGAACCCUGUCCCGAUUAUAAUACCAUGCCACAGAGUGAUUUGCAGCGGUGGACAGACUGGCAACUACACGGGAGGAAGUCAUCUGAAAGAGUGGCUUUUGUCACAUGAGAAGCUUCAGAAGGAAAAGUUAGCAUAUUGAUGCAGUUCAGGCACAGCUGUUAUACAGCCAAAACACAUAACCAAAGAUACUUGGCUUAUAACAAGCUUUCAGAACACACAGUAGAAUUCAGGAAAAUGGUAAAUAUUUGAGUGACAUAUAAAUAUAAUACAACAUCCGAAGCGAAAUGUGUGGUGGCACUACUAUAUUAAAAAAGCUGAAUGUGUCCUAGGGGAUACAGCUUGUAUGCCCUUUCUUGUUUUUACAUUUUACAGCAGAAUGAGUACAGCGGACUGUGCCUGUUGUGCAUGUAUUUUGUUCCCAUCUCUAGUGCUGUUUUGUUCUAUUUUUAAUGUCCAUUAAAGCAAGGAUAAGGGAGUGGGAGGGGCAUGGCAAAUGUUAGAUGCAACUGCCCCUCUAAGGAAGCAUCUGGCUCACAGAGGGGACAGCCGGGAAUCCGCAGCCUUUGCGUGUAUUCAGAGAGCAAAAUUAAAUGCAUAAGCUUCAACACACACCUCCCCCUGUUCCUGCCUGGAUUUGUAUUUGUCCAGAUUGAAAAGCUUGUACCUCUUCCAGGCUUGGUGCCCAAGAUUCUCCUGUUUUCUUUGAUGUUUGAACUGUUGAAAUGAUGUUUUACGUAAACAGUUGUUAAUGAAACACACUGAAAACCCAUUCAAAAGGAAGCAGCUAUUGAAUUGCCUAUUCACAGCUUUUCUUUUCAGAUCAUUGUAGAUGGCUCAGAAGAUAUGAAUAAAAAUAUUUUGUCUCCAUUAGCAUUGCUUCAUGUGGGCAGAAAAAUAGAUGCUGAUAAAGUAGUUUAAUGACAGAACAAAUGUUUUUAUAAAAUUAUUCAACAGAACUACAGACACAUUUUGCCAGAAUUUAGAAGUUUAAUUCUUUUUCUUUAAAAGAACAGUAUUUCUGAUCAGCUGUGAUUAUGGCUUUUGCUUAGCAUUGGCUUUAUUUAGUUUUCACAUUUACACAUAUGUUAUACAAUACUCCCUUCUACUAGAAGCAAGAGCUAAGCUUUAUUUUUGCAAUCCAAUAUAUAUAUAGAUAUAGAUAUAGUCAGGCAAAGGAUGCUGUAUCUAAAAUUUCUGGUUAUUAAAAAAAAAAAAGAAGUCAGUAAAAGUAAAAUAUUACAAACCACCAGAAACUGAAAUUUUCAGUAUGGGAAUCAUAAAUUGUAACAUGGAAAUACUGAUUGCUCUGUUUAUAUCACAUUCAAAUAGAUGUUGCCCUAGAAAUCUCACUGCUAAGAAGAAUUAUUAUGUUAUUCUAUUAAUGUAGUGUUACUUAGAUAUUAGAAUUACAUUAAUAAAACCUGUUAUGCAUGUACAAUUUGGCUGUGUGUAUAAAUAAAAUACAGGGUACAAUAUACCGAGAAAAUAAACUAUACCCCACUGUACAAUAUAAGACUGUAUUUUAUCAAUGGUUUUUGGUGGCAGUAUAAACUAUGAAAGCAAGGCUCAAGUGGUUUGUGCAUGUCAGCAAAAACUCAAGAUAAAAAUAUAGCCUUGUAAUAUGUUUGAGUGUUUUUUCCAUAGAUGUUAGAAUACCAAUCAAAAUUGCAGAUGCCUCUUAAGUUUCCCCCCUUUUGCAAGUAUUUCACUUUCAGGUGUUGUUUUCUUUAUACAUUUGUUCAUCUCACAAAUGAUUUGUUCCCUUGCUAAGAAUAUACCAAUGUACAAUACUGUAGCUGUUUAGAAUAUGUUUAGCUCCAGCAAUAUGCAAAGUGCUUGGAGAAGGUAUAAAUAUAGGUGCUCAGAGAAUAAUGCAUCCAAAUUGUACCACAUUAAAAACCAGAUUAUCA